GCAAUCUCAAGAAAAAACCGGCGCGUGGAAAAGAAAGAAGAAGCGCUUUGGUGCGUGAGCCGUCAGGGCCCGUUCGUUCCAGGACGCAAUCCCUUCACCGACGAUCCACCAUGAAUAUGUCCUGGCGCAGGGCGCUUGACACACUGAUCUACGGAGAAGAGCGUCUCGGACAUCAGACCCAGCUGAUGAGGGACCACGUCCACCGUGCCAUGAUGUUCGUCUGCUGCGUGGCGUUCGCAACCGCUGGCUUUCUGGGCCUGCUCAUGGUUUAUCUCGUAUACCUGGCAAUGAACGCCGGAGAGCCGGGUCGACUUCGCACCACGGUCGAGGAGUCCACCACGGUGACCGCUUCGACCGCCUACACCAGCCACCUUCGCCAUCGCUCACCCGGACUGCCAGCCGACAAGCUGCGCCAUCUAGUAGCAGUGCCGAGAAGUCCGCGCGUGGCCUCCGAGACGAGAAGCGCGGCGCCCCGGUGCCUGCGAGCGCUGAGAACGAUUCCCUCGCUUGGUCACACACUCAGGAGCACAGACUCAGCGACCCAGGUUGCUGAGAGGUUCAUUGAAGAGCGGCACAUACCCGAGUGCCGAAAGCAGCCGGUGUUCCACAAGUGCCUGGUCAACGAAACGUUCCCCACGGCCGAUCGGUUUGACCAGUGGCGCGGCGUGGACACGAACGCGUCGGGUCGGCCCUGGUACUUUCUGCGCGGCUCCUGCCUCGAGUGGACACCCGAGGCGUUCUGUCUGGAAGAAUCGCGUGCCCACUUCGCCGAGAAAAAAACGUGCGCACGACACUGCGAACGAGGCACACCGCAACGCCGGUGCACGCGUCACCUUCCGGCCCCCUUGCGGAGCAACUGCUCUUCAAACGACGAGGGCGCCCCCCAGUGGUGGUUCUACGACCCACGCUCUCGCCGAUGCCGCAAGUGGAGGAACGUGUGCGUGCGGCCGGCCUACACGUCGUACAGGGCCUGCGCCAAGCGGUGCCGCCGGCGUCGCAAAGUCCACGCCUGACGUCCAGCGCCCGUUUUUUUUUAUGUCUUUAUCUAUUUCCCUUCUUUCUUUUUCUUUAUCGCUUAUUCAGCAUAUUUAUCCGCACAAUCUGCACGCCUCCGUCUCUGAACUUCCUCCUAUAAACGCGAGACAACCAUG